AUGCUCGUUGCCAUCAUCAACCCGGCCUCAGGUCACAGGCAAGCCUCUUUCUUUUUCGACCACCAUCUCCGCCCUCUCCUCCCCGCCAUCAACCAUGUCUUCACCACCACCGCCCAAGGCGACGCAGAGAACUUUAUCCACCAUCUCCCAGAUGCGCCCCUCACCAUCGUCCUCCUUUCCGGCGACGGCACCCUCCACGAGAUCAUCAACGCUCUCCCUCACAGAAACAUCUCCUUUGUCCUCGUCCCCUGCGGCACCGCCAAUGCCCUCUACGCCUCUCUCUUUCCCCCCGCAGGUCUAGACAAGAUCGAGUACAAGCUCCAGUCUGUCCGCGCCUUUCUCGCCAACGCUGCCCCUGUCCAUAUCUCGCUCGCCUCCGCCUCUAUAGCUGCAACCUCCUCUCUCGCCUCUGUCGUCGUAUCCACCGCUCUCCAUGCAAAUAUUCUCCACCACUCAGAGUCUCUCAGGCGCUCUCACCCCGGUAUCGAAAGAUUCAAGAUCGCCGCAGAGCAGAACAGCACAAAGUGGUAUCGCGCACGCGCACGCAUCCUCCCCGUUCCCGGCGAUCGCGUACAGAUAUACGACCCAAAGUCCUCCGCCUUCAUCCCCCACCCCGAUGCCAGCCCAGACCUCGAGCUCGAUGGCCCCUUUGCCUAUUUCCUCUCCACCGUCAACGUAGAUCGUCUCGAGCCCCAUUUCAGGAUAUCCCCUCUCGCCCGCAUCAUAGCUCCCCCUCCCUCCACCUGCGACAUUAUCGUCCUUCGUCCCCUCCGCGAUCCCCAGAUCAAUGACGAUUCCGACGACGCAAGGAAAACGUAUGUCGAAAAAGUAUGGCAAGUCCUCGGCGCCGCCUAUCAGAACGGCACACACGUCAACUUUACUUAUGAGACAACAACUGGCGAGAUCCAAGUCAACGGAGACGGUCCCGUCGUCAUCGAGUAUUUCAGGGCAGGCGGGUGGGAGUGGUUCCCAGACCCUCAAGACGAAGACGCCCAUCUCGUCUGCGCAGAUGGCGCCGUUCACCGCAUAUCCCCUGGCGAACGCGCUGCAUGCAUCAUCGAUCAAACCCCACACACGUUUUCCGUCUAUGGCCCUGUCUGA